AUGAAGUAUAUUCACGCUAUCAUACUCAUACUCAUCCUUGUCGCCUUCUUCUGCUGUUUCUUCGGCUACUGUCUGAUGAGGAGCUGUCGGAGGGCCGUUGAUCUCGAGUUUCAAGAAAUAAACUACAUGAGAGAUGUUGAGGCGCAGGCUGGAGGAAGCGUUAGUGGAGGAGCGAGGAGCAAGGAUGGUAGUAAGACGAGGAGUAAAAGUGGAGGAGCAAAGAGUGCAAGAGCAAAGAGCGAAAACGGACAAGGCAGCAAAGCGACGAAGAGUGCUGGGAGUGGAGGUGGAGCAGCGAAGAGCAACGCCGGUGGUGAUGUUGCAGGAUGGAACGCUGGUGGAGGUGGAGGAGCUCCGUGGGACGCCACGCCUGCGGGAGACAGUGGUGUCAAAUGGUAA